CCCGGCGGCGCCGCCGACAAGGAGAGGGGAGGGAGGAGGAGGAGGAGGAGGAGGAGGAGGAAGAAGCAGGGGGCAGGGGCGGGGGGGGGGGAGGAGGAGGAGAAGGCCCGGCGGAGGCGGGGGGGAGCGGAGCAUGAAUGGCGCAAGAUGGCGGACCAUGUGCAGAGCCUAGCCCAGCUAGAGAACCUGUGCAAGCAGCUCUAUGAGACCACAGACACUGCGACACGGCUCCAGGCAGAGAAAGCCUUGGUUGAGUUCACCAACAGCCCAGACUGCCUGAGCAAGUGCCAGCUUCUUCUGGAGAGAGGGAGUUCGUCCUACUCCCAGCUCUUGGCAGCUACAUGCCUUACGAAGCUCGUGUCACGCACAAACAACCCCUUACCGUUGGAGCAGCGAAUAGAUAUUCGGAACUAUGUGCUCAACUACCUUGCCACUAGGCCAAAGCUGGCAACGUUUGUCACGCAGGCACUAAUCCAGUUGUAUGCCAGGAUCACAAAGUUGGGCUGGUUUGACUGUCAGAAGGAUGAAUAUGUCUUCAGGAACGUGAUUACAGACGUCACAAGGUUUUUACAGGAUAGUGUAGAGCACUGCAUCAUAGGAGUGACAAUCCUGUCCCAACUAACUAAUGAAAUUAAUCAAGUAAGUGCUACAGCCUUCCUCAGUGAAGCUGACACUACUCAUCCACUGACCAAGCACAGGAAAAUAGCCUCUUCCUUCCGAGAUUCGUCUUUAUUUGAUAUUUUCACACUGUCAUGCAACUUACUGAAACAGGCUUCUGGGAAGAACCUGAACCUGAAUGAUGAAAGCCAGCACGGUCUGCUUAUGCAGCUUCUAAAGCUCACGCAUAAUUGCCUGAACUUUGAUUUCAUUGGCACGUCAACAGAUGAGUCCUCAGAUGAUCUUUGCACAGUGCAGAUCCCAACCAGUUGGAGAUCAGCAUUCUUGGAUUCUUCGACCCUUCAGUUGUUUUUUGACCUCUAUCAUUCCAUCCCUCCUUCGUUUUCUCCUCUGGUUUUAUCCUGCUUAGUGCAGAUAGCCUCCGUACGCAGAUCCCUCUUCAACAAUGCAGAACGAGCAAAGUUUCUAUCUCACCUUGUUGAUGGAGUUAAACGAAUACUGGAAAACCCACAGAGUUUGUCAGACCCAAAUAACUACCAUGAGUUCUGCCGAUUGCUGGCACGAUUGAAAAGCAAUUACCAGCUGGGAGAGCUGGUGAAGGUGGAGAACUACCCCGAGGUCAUCCGGCUCAUCGCCAACUUCACCGUGACCAGCCUACAGCACUGGGAGUUUGCUCCCAACAGCGUUCACUAUCUCCUGAGCUUGUGGCAGCGGCUGGCAGCGUCGGUGCCCUACGUGAAAGCCACAGAGCCUCACAUGCUGGAAACAUACACACCAGAAGUCACAAAAGCAUACAUCACAUCCAGACUGGAAUCUGUGCACAUCAUAUUGAGGGAUGGGUUGGAGGAUCCCCUGGAUGACACCGGCCUUGUCCAGCAGCAGCUGGAUCAGCUCUCCACCAUCGGCCGGUGUGAGUACGAGAAAACCUGCGCUCUGCUCGUGCAGCUCUUCGACCAGUCGGCCCAAUCCUACCAGGAACUGCUGCAGAGCGCCACCGCCAGCCCCAUGGAUGUUGCUGUACAAGAAGGGCGCCUGACGUGGCUCGUCUAUAUUAUCGGGGCAGUGAUUGGUGGUAGGGUCUCGUUCGCCAGCACGGAUGAGCAGGAUGCGAUGGAUGGCGAGUUGGUUUGUCGGGUGCUGCAGCUGAUGAACCUCACGGACUCGCGGCUGGCACAGGCUGGGAACGAGAAGCUGGAGCUUGCCAUGCUCAGCUUCUUUGAGCAGUUCCGCAAGAUCUAUAUUGGAGAUCAGGUGCAGAAGUCUUCCAAGCUGUACCGCCGUCUCUCAGAGGUGCUGGGGCUGAAUGAUGAGACCAUGGUCCUGAGCGUCUUCAUAGGGAAAAUCAUCACCAACCUGAAGUACUGGGGUCGGUGCGAGCCUAUCACCUCCAAGACACUGCAGCUGCUCAAUGACCUCUCCAUUGGAUACAGCAGUGUUAGAAAGCUGGUGAAGCUGAGCGCCGUGCAGUUCAUGCUGAACAAUCACACGAGUGAGCACUUUUCCUUCCUGGGCAUUAACAAUCAGUCUAACCUGACUGACAUGAGAUGUCGGACUACAUUCUACACUGCACUUGGGCGUCUUCUCAUGGUGGAUUUAGGGGAAGAUGAGGAUCAGUACGAGCAGUUCAUGCUUCCCCUAACGGCUGCCUUUGAGACCGUGGCACAAAUGUUCAGCACAAAUACUUUCAAUGAACAAGAGGCAAAAAGAACUUUGGUUGGUUUGGUGAGAGACCUGAGGGGAAUAGCCUUUGCCUUCAAUGCCAAGACCAGCUUCAUGAUGCUCUUUGAGUGGAUCUACCCAUCCUACAUGCCGAUUCUGCAGCGGGCGAUUGAGCUCUGGUACCACGACCCAGCCUGCACGACGCCCGUCCUCAAACUGAUGGCUGAGCUGGUGCACAACAGGUCCCAACGGCUGCAGUUUGAUGUGUCCUCACCAAACGGCAUCCUGCUCUUCCGAGAAACAAGUAAAAUGAUAACUACGUAUGGAAAUCGUAUCCUAACGCUUGGGGAGGUCCCAAAGGAUCAAGUCUACGCCUUGAAGCUCAAGGGGAUUUCCAUCUGCUUCUCUAUGCUGAAGGCUGCACUGAGCGGGAGCUACGUCAACUUCGGGGUCUUCCGCCUGUACGGGGACGAUGCACUGGACAACGCCUUGCAAACCUUUAUCAAGCUUCUGCUCUCCAUCCCGCACAGCGACCUCCUGGAUUAUCCCAAACUCAGCCAGUCCUACUAUUCCUUGCUGGAAGUUCUCACCCAGGACCACAUGAACUUUAUUGCCAGUCUGGAGCCUCAUGUAAUCAUGUAUAUUCUCUCUUCCAUUUCAGAAGGCCUCACUGCACUAGACACCAUGGUUUGCACAGGCUGCUGCUCCUGUUUGGACCACAUCGUCACCUAUCUCUUCAAGCAGCUGUCUCGCAGCACCAAGAAGAGGACCACACCUCUGACCCAGGAGAGCGACCGGUUCCUGCACAUCAUGCAGCAGCACCCAGAGAUGAUUCAGCAGAUGCUGUCGACAGUGCUGAAUAUCAUCAUCUUUGAGGACUGCAGGAACCAGUGGUCAAUGUCUCGGCCUCUGCUCGGCUUGAUACUGCUCAACGAGAAGUAUUUCUCUGACUUGAGGAACAGCAUCGUGAACAGCCAGCCUCCGGAGAAACAGCAGGCGAUGCACCUCUGCUUCGAGAACCUCAUGGAAGGCAUCGAACGCAACCUCCUGACCAAGAACAGGGACAGGUUUACCCAAAACCUGUCGGCGUUCCGGCGAGAGGUGAACGACUCCAUGAAGAAUUCCACCUACGGAGUCAACAGCAACGACAUGAUGAGCUGACGGCUCCCAGCUCCACCUGUACAGAGCAGCAUCUCUUUGGCCUGGCCCAGAGGGGUUCCCGUUUCCGAUGGAAAGAAAAGGAGGGCGUUUCGAAUCCCUGCUCUUCCCCAGGGCUGGACUGCGGCGCUCGCUUUGGCCGUACUCCACGUCCCGAGGGAGGAGGGAACAGGAGGGGUGGUUGAGCUCACCGGGGCAGGGUGCUUCUGUUUCCGUGGGAGGGGGUGGAAGGGCAAAAAGCCAGGUGCAAGAAUCCAGCGUCUCCCUACCCGAACGUCUGCGUGGAACGCCAGCGCUCUGCUGCAGCCUGCCUUGUAUAAACAUGUACAUUUUUUCAUAACAUUUUGAACAAGGUUUAUAUUGACUCAGUUUAAAAAAAAAAAACAAAACAAAAAAACGGAAAAAAAAAAAAAAGGAGUAAAAAAAAAAAAAAAAAAGUGUGAUUGAAAUUUUUACAGAGUCCUGGUGCACCGGUGCUGGCGUGAGGGUUGUGUAUGCGAGUGAGGAAAGCGUGUCCUGCAGGCCUGAAGCUUUACUGGGCGAGGGGUGGGUGUGUGAAAGUGCAGAGAUAUAUUUAGUGACAAGCGUAGAGAGAAGCAAAAAAAAGAAAAAAAAGAAAAAAAAAUUGAAAAAAAAAAACACAAAAGAAAAACCAACAAAAAAAAAAAAGACGACAAAAAAAAAAAAGGCAUUGUAAAAUUCCAAAUGUAUAUUUUUUCUUAUUCAGCCCCUCGAAAUCACGACUUCCUGUUACCGUCUUGCCCUUGUUAUUAGGAACUCGAAGCCAUGCCGCGUGAUCUUCUCCAUUCGUGCUUGCUCGUGGGUGUCUCUCCCGUCCCCCCCCCGGUGUAGCAGUGCCCCCCGUGUCCCCUCCUCACCCCGCUGCCUCCCGGGCCCUCGCCUCCCCUCCGGGCGAGCCCCGGGGCUGGCACCACGCGCUCCCCGGACCCCCUUCCUUUUAUUUUUCCCCCCAUUUCACUCAAGCAGGAGGCACAGGAGGAAUUGAGGGGCCGAGGGCGAGCUUCGUGCCCCCAGCGUGGGUUCUCAGCCGGGGCACGGGGGCUGCUGCCCGGGGUUCUUAAUAACAAGGUUUGCCUAGCAUGAAGUAUUUAACACCCCCCCCCAAAACCCACCUCCCGAUUUCCCUCCCCUUUCAAAUGAUUCCAUUUUUUUUUUGUUUUUCUAAGUCACCCUGAUAAAUGUUUUUGGGUAUUAAAAUUUACUGACAGAGGAAAGCUGAUGGGGGAGGGAACCUGUUUGCCUUGUACUUUUUUCCACUAUUGUUGCUGCUAGUCGUGUGCAUUCUCUUGCUCAGCUCUACCCACAGACGCUCAGUCCUUAGGGUUUCAGUUUCUCUUCCCAGACACCACCUAACUCUUAAUUCCUCCCCCCCCUCCCCCCCGAGCCCCCUUUAUUUUUAUUUUUAAUUUUUUUUUUUUUGUUCUUUCCUCUGGCGAUUGUGUGUUGGGUCCUUUUUUUCGCGUGAGCAGAUUGCUGGUUGACUUGUAAGGGUGUUUGCUGCAUACAGUGUAAGCAUUGUGACUGCAAAUAAACUUCAAUGGUUUCUACUGA